UAAGGGCUCUCUCUCUCUCUCUCCCACCAACUUUUCCUCUCUCAAUCUCUUGAUUCUCUCUCCCAGUCUCUCAUUGCUCUCUUCAUUCUGUCCUCCUCCUCCUCCUCCUCCUUCACUCUCUCUCUCCUCUCUCACCCACAAACACACUUUUCUUCAAUACUGGUCUGCCUUAAAAUCUGCCUCCCUUUAAAUCUAGUCCAUAUUAUUCAUUUCAAUGUGAUCCUUCUCUUCCCUAAAUCCCCAUACUCACUCUCACACCAUAAAUCUCUCCUCUCACUUUUCUCUCUCGAUCUUUUUUUCUCAGCAUCCUUUAAAUUUGUCUUUUUUCUUCAAACGAAUUUCGUUUAUAAUUUGUAAAGAUGAAAAUUAGGGUUUGCGAAUUGUGUGAUGGAGAUGCUGCAGUUUAUUGUUCUUCAGAUUCUGCUUUUCUUUGCUUGAGCUGUGAUUCUAAGGUCCACCAGGCUAAUUUUCUCGUAGCUCGCCAUGUACGCCGGCCAGUUUGCUCGAAAUGCAAGGGGAUAAUCGGAGAUUGCAUCGCCGGCAUCGGUUUAUGUGGUUGUUUACCGGCGUCGGUGGAUGAUGAGUCUAAUGACCUAGUUUCGGUCUCAUCUUCAGAGUCUUCGAUUUGCGUUUCGAGAACUAUGACAAAGAAAAAAGAAUACUCCAGUCAUCGGGAAACUCGUGGAUUUAACUCUUCUUCCUCCGGCAACGACAGUUCAGGCGAGGUCACGUCGGAAAAUACAUUGAGAACUCGAAGGGGAGCGGUGAACUUGAAGGCGAAGGGCAUUUUCAGCAAUUGGUGCUCGCGGCUUGGACUAAGCAGUAACGUGGCCGUACAGAUGUCUUGUGAUGCGCUGAGGAUAUGCUUGGAUCAUUGGAGGGUUUUGCCCUUCCGAGUUUGUCUGGCGGCUUCGAUGUGGCUCGGCUUGCGAUUCAGUGGGGCGCGAACACGGCAAUCUUUGAAGCGACUGGAGGAAAUUUCUGGAGUGCCGGCUAAGCUUAUAGCUGCGGCAGAAUCGAAGCUGGAACGUUUGCUUAAAGCCAGAAAACGACAGCAUCGGCAACAUCAGCUAUUGGAAGGCUGGGGUGAGUGUUAAAAGCUUAAUCGGCUUGAUACCGGCGCCGCCUUUGAUUUUCUGUUGUUAGUCAAGGAAAAUGUACUUCUUUAUUUUUCCAGGUUCCAAAUUCUGGAAAUACUUUAUUUUUUUCUUAGGGGAAAUGGAUUUUCCCUUGGGUUAGUUAUGGCUGUUUACUUGUGAUUAAUCAAAAUUUGUAGUAUCAAUCAAAGUUUUCUAAUUAUUA